UCUAACCUAUAGCGCAAUUUUUCUUUUUAUUGAUUUUACACUUGUUGAAACGUCAUCAUUCUCAUAGAGAUGUUUCUUCGAUGAAAAAUCAAAGAUGACGAAAUGUGAACUGAAUCAAAUAUUUCUGGGUGAAGUCGCAUCCGUGCAAAAUUACGGAGCCUUCGUCAGAAUACCAGGUACCUCGCAGCAAGGCUUAAUACAUCGAUCACAGGUAAGCACGGCUCAUGUCGACAAUGUUGCAGAAGUCUUGCAAAAGGGUGAACGGGUCUGGUGUAAGGUGAUCUCGGUUGGGGAAGACGGCAAGAUAGGGCUGUCUAUGAAACACGUGAAUCAGGGAAAUGGUACGGACCUGGACCCUAACGGUGUGGAACUGCAAAGAGAUACGCAACGGAGAAAAAAUCCAGGAACAACUCAGCAUAAAGCCAUACAGUUGGAAGCAGUACUGAAUACUACAUGUACCAAGUGCGGGACCAGAGGACAUUUGUCCAAGGAUUGUUUCAUGUCUCCCGAUGGCAAGAAAUAUGAACUGAUUCCAGAAAUCGAAGACUUAGAUACUGUCCCGGAACUGGACAGUAAGAACGCUGAGAAAAAGAUAGAGAAGAAGCAUAAAUCAAAAAAAAAGAAGAAAAAGUCCAAGAGGAGCAAACAAUCUACUGAUGACAGUGAUACAGAAGAUAAGGAGAGGAGCAAGAAAAAGAAAAGAAAAUUUUCUAAAGAACGCAAGAAGCAUAGAAAGAAAUACAGCAGCAGUUCAAGUGACUCCUCCGAUAGCUCAUCAUCUGAUGACGCAAAGUCUCACAAACGGAAACACUCAGACGAUCACGAAAUUCGUACCAAAAAAUGCAAACAUUCGAAAACCAAACAUUCUUAAAUUGAACGCCUCCGU